AUGAAUAUCGCACAGCCCGUCACCUCGAGCGUUGAAAGCGUUGAGUUCACAUUUCUCUCGCCGAAAGAGAUCAAAGCUAUCUCAGUCAAGAGGAUUGAGAAUGACAGCACAUUUGAUAACCUUUUAAAUCCGGUUCCCGGAGGUCUAUAUGACACUGCCCUUGGUUCCUGGGGCGAUUCACCUUGCACAACCUGCAACCUCACGCAGGCCAAUUGCCCAGGCCAUCCAGGCCACAUUCAGCUCCCUGUUCCCGUAUAUCACCCUGUGUUCUUAGAUCAAGCCUAUCGACUCCUACGAGCUGCAUGCGUGUACUGCAAGGGAUUCAGACUGCCUCAGAAGGAUCUGCACAAGUACGUCUGCAAGCUCCGGCUGUUACAGCAUGGCUUCAUCCAUGAGGCCCACGAAAUCGACUCGGUUGGAGAGAACGAAUUAGCCAUUGAAGGUGUUGCCGGCGACAGCGAGGCCGAGGAGGAGGGCAACUCAUCCAUCGACGGCGUCACUCGUGCAAGAGAGGCCUUUGUCCGAGACUGCCUCCGCAAUGGAAAAACAAAGAGGGGAGAGACCAGAAGAGGGAAGCAUGAAGGUGCAACAGAACUACGAAGAGAAGUGCUCAAAGAUUUCUUCAAAGAUCUUGGUCCAAAGCGGGCAUGCGCCAGCUGUGGCGGUAUUAGCCCAGCUUACCGAAAAGAUCGCUUCGUAAAAAUCUUCGAAAACCCCCUCUCGGAUAAGGACAAGGCCAAGAUGGCGCAGAAAAGCAUGAAGCGGACUGACGCGAUGGCACGAGUAUACCAAAGGCGAGCAACUACGAAGCCCAACGGAUACAGCUCCGACGAGGGCGUCGCGGAUAUCGAAUCUCCCACAGCAGAGAAGCCAGAGUCUCAGGAGGCAACUGAGGAUCAGGACAUCGAGAUGGCUGACGUCGAGGACUACCAGGUCGCAUCUUCACAACGCUACAUCAGUCCCAUGGAGAUCCGAGCUCGACUGGAGGAGCUGUUCGAGAAGGAACAAGAGCUGCUCUUCCUCGUCUACAACUCGAAGCCUGCCACUCGUAGCUCCCCCAGGGUAACUCCCGACAUGUUCUUCCUAACAUAUCUUCUUGUUCCUCCCAACCGAUUCCGACCCGAGGCUCGCACUGGCGACUCGUCCAUCGCUGAAGCCCAGCAAAACUCGCUCUAUAAGAACAUCCUCAGAGGCUGCAGUACCAUCGCGCGCAUCCAUAAUGGACUUAGCGAAGGCCGAGGAGAUAUCAACCAGCUGCACCAAGCGUGCGCUGACUUGCAAGAGUUCGUCAAUUCAUUGAUCGACAAGGACAAGAACCCCGUGCAGGGAGCUGCUGCCGCUCGGAACGAAGACGGCAUCAAGCAGAAGCUCGAGAAGAAGGAGGGCCUGUUCCGAAAGAACAUGAUGGGCAAGCGAGUCAACUACGCUGCCCGCAGUGUCAUCUCGCCCGAUCCGAACAUCGAGACUAACGAGAUUGGUGUUCCACCGGUUUUCGCCAAGAAAUUGACAUACCCCGAGCCUGUUACCAGCCAUAACUUCCGUGAUAUGCAACAGGCGGUUAUCAACGGUGUCGACAAGUGGCCUGGUGCCUUCGCUAUUGAGAAUGAGAAUGGCCAAAUCGUCAAUCUGCGAAAUAAGUCCGUUGAUGAUCGAAUUUCACUAGCAAACCAGCUUCUCGCGCCAUCAAGCAAUGUUGCAGCGAAGACGAAGAACAAGAAGGUCCACCGCCAUCUCACGAACGGUGAUGUUGUGUUGAUGAACCGACAGCCGACACUGCAUAAACCUUCGAUCAUGGGUCACCGAGUCAGAGUUCUUCCUGGUGAAAAGACUAUCCGCAUGCACUAUGCCAACUGUAACACUUACAACGCCGAUUUCGAUGGUGAUGAAAUGAACAUGCAUUUCCCACAAAAUGAAGUCGCACGCGCAGAAGCCUUGCAGAUUACCGAUACAGAUCACCAGUAUCUCUCCGCCACCGCUGGCAAGCCACUCCGAGGUUUGAUUCAGGAUCAUAUUUCCGUCUCAGUUCACUUGUGCAGUCGUGACACUUUCUUCACUCGCAGCGACUAUCAACAACUCGUCUACAGUGCCCUACGCCCUGAAAGCGGCCAUAUCUUAGGGGAGAGGCUUAAAUUGGUGCCUCCCGCCGUGAUCAAACCUGUUCCUCGAUGGACAGGAAAGCAGGUCCUGACAACCAUUCUCAAGAACAUCCAACCGCUUAACUGUGGUGGCCUUUUCAUGAAAGGCUCAACUCAACUCAAGGCUGACCAGUGGGCCAAGAAUUCAGAGGAGGGAACUGUCCUAUUCCAGGAUGGCGAGUUAAUCACCGGUAUUUUGGAUAAAUCACAAAUCGGUCCCAGUUCAGGAGGGUUAAUUCACUCGAUCCACGAAAUUUAUGGCCCUGCAAUUGCUGGGAAACUCCUGAGCAGCCUCGGCCGCUUACUGACCAGAUAUCUCAACAUGAGGGCUUUCUCUUGUGGCAUGGACGACCUGAAACUUACACCCUACGGUGAGAAGGCGCGUCUUGAACAGCUUGCCGGAGCGAAGGGCGUCGGUCUCGAGGUUGCUUCCGAGUAUGUUUCUAUUGACAGCUGCUCAAGUGACCAGGAUCCAUUGCUGCUGGAGCGCCUUGAGGAAGUGGUUCGUGAUGACAGCAAGCAAGAAGGCCUUGAUCUCCUCAUGAAAUCGAGACUCGCCGAGAUCACAUCCGGCGUUGAGAAAGCCGUCAUGUCUAAUGGUCUUGAGAAGCCUUUCCCUAAAAACCAGAUGCAGGCCAUGACUACCUCCGGUGCCAAGGGCUCCAGAGUCAAUGCAUCUUUGAUCUCAUGUAACCUUGGUCAGCAGGUUUUGGAAGGUCGUCGUGUGCCGUUGAUGGUAAGCGGCAAGUCCCUACCUUGCUUCAAGCCUUUCGAGACCUACGCCGUAGCUGGAGGCUACAUCAUCAGUCGUUUCCUUACAGGUCUCAGGCCUCAGGAAUACUACUUCCAUCACAUGGCCGGACGAGAGGGUCUUAUCGACACGGCCGUCAAAACCUCUCGCUCUGGUUAUCUCCAACGUUGUGUUAUCAAGGGAAUGGAAGGACUGACUGUAGGUUACGAUACUACGGUCCGAGAUGCAGAUGGAUCCAUUAUUCAAUUCCUGUACGGAGAGGAUGGCCUCGAUGUUUCCAAAGAAAAGUAUCUGUCAGACUUCAGUUUUGUACUGCAAAACGUCCAGUCCGAGGCGGCGCAGCUCAGGUACUCCCAGGAAAUUGGCGACCUCUUGAGCGGCAACCGCAGCGCCAUCACGAAGCACAUGAAGAAGGCUAUCAAGCAUAGUGAUCCUCGUGACCCAAAUGUCAGGGAUCCUUUACUUAAUAUGUACAACCCAGCCACAAAUGCCUUCGCCACGUCGGAAACAUUCUACAAGAGCAUGUCAGAGUACUUGGACAAGAAUCCAGAGGGUCUUGUGAGAGAAAAGGGCAACAAGUCUCAGAAGGGUGCUUCGUCUCUGAACAGGAAGAAUGCCGAGAUGCUAUUCUCGAUGAAAUAUCUCCAAUCCCUUGUCGAGCCAGGAGAGGCUGUGGGUAUUGUCGCAGGACAGUCUGUCGGUGAACCUUCCACGCAGAUGACGCUGAAUACAUUCCAUUUGGCUGGUCACUCGGCGAAGAACGUUACUCUGGGUAUUCCUCGUCUUCGUGAAAUCUUGAUGACGGCCAGUCGAGCCAUUUCAACACCAGCGAUGACCCUGUACCCCAUCAAAGAGCUCUCCAGGGAAGACUCUGAAAUAUUCGCCAAAUCGAUCAGCAUUCUUCCUCUGAGCUAUAUCGUGGAUGCCGUGUCUGUUCAAGAGAAGGUGGGACGAGGCAAGAUCUACGGCUCAGCCAAGAUGUAUCAGAUUAGUUUCAAAUUCUUCCCCUCGGCAGAGUACAUGAAGACCUACGCAAUUAGUGUCGAGGAUGUAUUGAGCACUGUUGAGAAGAAGCUUCUGCGUCUUAUCCUGACCGUCACAAAGAAGGAAAUCAAGAAGCGAGUUGAUAAAGCCACCAUGGCAACACCUGAGAUCGGCGUCAAGGUUGGUGUGGUUGAGACGGCAGCCCCGACCAGUAGGAGAGCCCGUGGCGAGGACGACGAUGACGACGACGACGAUGAUGAUGCCACCAAUGCCAAGCAGCGCGCCAACAGGGAUGAAGCUGUGUCAUACGGCCCCAACGAUGACGAGGACGAUGCUGUUCAGAAAUCGAUGGACAAGGAAACGGCAGAUGACAUGGACGAAGACGAGGGUAUUGGAGGGAGCCCACCGCCUCAAAAGCGCCGGUCCAACCAGGAAGAAGAUGAUAGCGAGGAUGACGAUGACGGAAACUCUACAUCCGCAUUGGCUCAGGCUCGUUCCGAGCGCGUGUUGGACGCAUAUGCCGAAGUCACGGAGUUUAUAUGCGACGAGUCGAAGGGUGCUUGGUGCAACGUGACACUCGAGUUCGAUGCUGUCACCCCCAAGAUCCUGAUGCUUAACAUUGUGCAGGAUGCGGUGAAGAAGGCAGUGAUUCAGCAGAUUCCCAGUGUCGGAACCUGCACUUUCGAAGUGAGCCAACAAGGUGCAUUCAUGGUCCAUACAGAGGGUGUGAACUUGAACGCCAUGCAAAAGUACAGCGACUUCAUUGACCCCAACCGCAUCUCGACCAACGAUAUCGCCGCUAUGCUCGACGUGUACGGCGUGGAGGCUGGCCGCAGCACCAUCGUGGCCGAGUUGUCUGGGGUUUUCGGUGGUCACGGUAUCAAGGUAGACAACAGACAUCUGAACCUGAUUGCCGACUUCAUGACUCGCAACGGCGACUUCACUCCGUUCAACCGAAUGGGACUCAAGGGUAACGUCAGCCCGUUCACGAAGAUGAGUUUCGAGACAACCUUGUCUGUCCUCAAGGAUUCCGUGCUGGAUGGAGACUGGGACGACUUGAUCACACCCAGUAGUAGAUUGGUUAUGGGUAGUCUGGGCAAGGUUGGUACUGGAGGCUUUGACGUGUUGACUCAGCUCCCAACACAGUACAGCGAGGUGUCUGCUUAG